AUGCCAUUCGAUUUAGCGCGUUAUCCGGUGAUCGAGCCGGCGCCGGUGCAGCCUGAUCCGGUGCGGCGGAUGCCGACCCUCAUCAAGGCUUUGCAGCAACAGAAGAGCCUGCGCUCGGUGAUCGAGUCGAUUUCCACUGAGCUCGAUCUGCGCCCCUUGCUGACCCAGAUCGUGCGCCACGCCUGCGAGCUGCUCGACGCUUGGGACGGCGCCAUCGGCCUGUACGACCCGAAAGAGGACCUGAUCCGCAUCGAGGCCUGCUACCGCAUGCCCGAGAACGAGAUCGGCAGCGAGUUCCGGCCCGGCGUCGGCCUCGCUGGUCAGGUGCUGCAACGGCGUGCGCCGGUGACUUUUGACGACUAUUUGCAGGUGCCCCACCCGACCCGCGACGACCGUACCGAUUUUGCCGUGCUCGGGGUGCCGAUCGUCUGGCAGGGCCGGCUGAUCGGUUUCUUCGGUCUCGGUGCGCCGGCGCCGCACCGCUUCGGCGCCACCGACAUCGAGAGCCUCGGCUUGCUGGGCCGUCACGCGGCGAUCGCCAUUCACAACGCCCAGCGCUACCAGGACGAGCGUGAGCGCGCCCAACGCUGGGCUUUGGUCGCCCGAGUCGGCAAGCUGAUCACCUCUGGUCUGGAGCUCGACCGAUUGCUCCAGACCGCCGUCGACGUGAUCCACGAGACCCUCGGCUAUCCCACUGUUUGCAUUGGUUUGGUGGAUAGUGACGACCCUUCCCGGCUGCGGAUCGACUCGAUUGGCGGAAUGCACCGUGAGCUGCUCUCGGGCCAGACUCAUUACUUGCCGCUUGACCGCGGCAUCAUGGGGGCGGCGGUCAGCGAGGGCUCGGUGCAGCGGGUCAACGAUGUCAGCAAGGAUCCGCGCUACGUGCCGCCGCCGGGUACCAAGGGCAUUCGAGCCGAGCUGGCAGUGCCCUUGUUGUUCGAUCGCCAGGUGCUCGGAACGCUGAACGCCGAGAGCAGUAGGCCGUUCAGUGACGACGACGUGGCCAGCUUUCAAGUGGUGGCCGAUCAUUUGGCGGUGGCGAUCGACAAUGCUCGGCUGUUUGCCUCGGGUCAGCGCCUGGCUGUGCUCGAAGAGCGCCAGCGACUGGCCCACGACCUGCACGACUCGGUGAGUCAGCGGAUUUUCAGCACCCUCCUGCUAGCGCAGUCGAUCGUUCCGGCUUGGCAGCGUGAUCCACGGGAAGGCGAAGGCCUGGUGGAACAGGUGGUACGCCAGAGCCAGGAAGCGCAAGUCGAGAUGCGAGCUCUGCUGACCGAGCUGCGCCCCGAUUCGACACCGACGCCAACAUCGAGGAUCAGCCAGUCGGCCGGCGGUUUGUUGGGCGCGCUAGUGAGCCACGACAGCGAGCUCGAGCAGCACGGUCUCGAGCUGACUCUAGAAGGCACCGACUACCAACCCCAAGCCGCCCUGAACGAGGACGUGCUCUACCGCAUCGCCCGCGAGGCGUUGCACAACGUGGUCAAACACGCCCAGGCCCGGCAGGUGAAGAUCCGUCUCAGUUCGACAGUGUCGCAACUGCUGCUCGAGGUGAUCGACGACGGCGUCGGCCCGGCACCGCGAGCCAAGUCCACCGGCCUCGGGCUCACCAGCAUGCGCAGUCGUGCCGAAGAGCUCGGCGGUCGCUGCGAGCUGAUCGCCGCGGCCGGCGGUGGCAGUGUGCUGCGGGUCGAGCUGCCGGCUACAGCGCAACAGGAGAGAUCUUGA